AUGCCGGACGAAAGCGCUCCAAGAAAAAAUUACAUACCAAAUAGUUAUAAAAACGUUACGGACCCAAUAAUUGGUGGUGUUGGAAAUGAUUACGUUUACAUAACUGUUGACGAAACGACCGAUCCAAGAGGUUUGUAUAAAUCAUUUUUUCGAUUUGUCAUGUAAUGAAAUAUACUAUUUUCGUUUAGGUUUGGCUGUUGCAAAUGUAUCAAUUGGUAAAUUAGAUGGGACGCCUGGUAAAUCAUGUUUAGUCGCAUGCAAAGAACUAGAAUACACCAAUUAUGAAACUAUUUGUCAGUUUAUUAAUUCCUCGUAG